AUGGAAAAGAAAGAGCCGGUGGAGACAAAUGAGGCAAGUCCUCAUGCUGUUGAAAAGCUUGAAGGAGAUGCUUUUAUGGUUCAGAAUGAAGAUGGGGACAAACAACCAAAGGAGGAGGAAGCUCAAAAUAUUAGCCAUGAUGGCCCUGAGUUUGACAGUGAACAAGAUGAUAUAUCGGACAAGAUAAGUUCUCAAGCUGUUGAAAAGAUGGAAGUAGAUGUUUUUGCUGUUCAGAGUGAAGAUAGCGAAAAAGAAUCAACGGAUGCAAAAAUUCAAGAUAUUGGCCAUGAUGGCCCCGAGUCUGACGAUGAGCAAGAUAAUAGUACUAGUAAUAGAUCAACGUCAACUUCAUCCCAAUCUGGUUGGGAUCGGCAACAAGAUGAUAAUACAUCAGAAAAGAUAAAUGAGGCUGUAGAUGUAAAGUCGAAUACUGAUGAGGAAAUGAGAGACAAUGUAGCUGGAGAAUCUGGGUUGGCUCAGAGGAUAGAUGACAGUAGGGAUUUCCAGUGUGAACCUCAACAAGAAAAUUUGGAGAUCAUUAGUAAUGAUGUUCCUGGUGACUUGUUUCAAAAGGUGCAUGAGAGUAAUUCCAUGGAAUCUGAAACUCAAGUCAAUAUUGUUGAACAGGAGUAUUCUGAUAUUAAGCUGGACGGCCGUGGAGAUUUUGAGCCUAAAAGUCAAGAAGUAAAUAUAGAUAAUAGUGUUGGACAUAAUGACUUUGCUAAAGAGAAUGAUGACAGGAGAAGCAUGGAAUCAACACAAAUGAAUCGAGAGACCGAUAACACUUCAAAUGAGGACAAUAAUUUGGAUACUGUAUUUGAUGGAACGGGGACGCCUCAGGUGGAAGAUAGUCAGAGCACAUCUACCCAUACUUUGGACGCCGUUCCAGAGACGCCACAUGUGUUUGAGAAGGCAGUAUCUCUUAAAAACUUUGUUAGGGAGAAAAGUGUAGUAGCAGUCUGCACUUUGCUGCGUCGCCUUUCUGGAAAAAGUGAUGAAAGUGCUGCGGGUAAUUCUGAUGAUGGGGGUAAGGAAGUUUCAGAUUUAUCAAGAGACAGUGAAUCCACGGAGGUUUCUGAGAAGACAGGGGAGAAAAUGACUUGGAACCCCUUAAAUUAUAUUAAAAUGUCUUCUGACGUUGAUGCAGAAAAUAAAACUGAUCAGAAGGAGGAAUCGGUAACUGAAGGUCCGCUGCAACCCAUAGCCAUGAAGGGAAGAAUUAUACUGUACACAAGACUAGGGUGCCUAGAAUGUAAAGAGGUUAGGCAAUUUUUGUAUAUGAAAAGGCUUAGAUAUGUUGAAAUCAACAUUGAUGUGUACCCCAGUAGAAAGAUGGAGCUAGAGAAGAAUUCUGGAUCUUCUUCUGUUCCCAAGGUUUUUUUCAAUGAAAUACUUAUUGGAGGUUUGAGUGAGCUGAAGACCUUAGAUGAGUCUGGCAAGCUUGAUGAGAAGAUUGACUUCCUUAUUACUGAAGCACCAUCAUUCGAAAGCCCAUUUCCACCACUUUCUGGAGAGGAUGAUGUGUCCAGUAGUGGUGCACUAGAUGAAAUGGCUCUAAUUGUCCGCAAAAUGAAAGAAUCUAUUGUUGUGAAAGACCGAUUCGGCAAAAUGCGAAGGUUCACUUGCUGCUUUCUUGGCUCCGAAGCUGUAGACUUCUUAUCAGAAGAUCAAUAUUUGGAAAGGAAAGAGGCUGUUGAGUUUGCACGAAAGCUCUCUAGCAAACUCUUCUUUCAGCAUGCUCUAGAGGAGAAUAUAUUUGAGGAUGGUAGUCACUUGUAUCGGUUUUUGGAUGAUGAUCCAAUUGUGGCAUCUCAGUGUCACAACAUUCCGAGGGGGAUAAUUACUGUGAAACCCAAGCCUAUAACAGAAAUUGCGUCAAGGCUGAGGUUUUUGUCCUAUGCAAUGUUUGAAGCCUAUGCCUCUGAAGAUGGACGUCAUGUUGAUUACAGAAGUAUGCAUGGAAGUGAGGAGUUUGCAAGGUAUCUAAGAAUUGUAGAAGAGCUCCAAAGAGUGGAAGUAUGGGAAUUGUCUAGAGAAGAGAAGCUAGCUUUCUUUAUUAAUCUAUAUAAUAUGAUGACCAUCCAUGCAAUCUUAGUAUGGGGUCAUCCAACUGGCGCAUUGGAAAGAAGGAAAUUGUUUGGGGACUUCAAAUAUGUGAUUGGUGGGUCUACCUACUCACUUUCAGCUAUUCAGAAUGGCAUUUUGAGGGGGAACCAGCGACCACCAUAUACCCUUAUGAAGCCAUUUGGUGCAAAAGAUAAACGUUCGAUGGUGGCAUUCCCUUUCCCUGAGCCUCUUAUUCAUUUUGCUUUAGUAUGUGGUACUCGAUCGGGGCCUGCACUUCGGUGCUAUUCUCCUGGCGACAUUGACAAAGAAUUAAUGGAUGCAGCACGUAAUUUUUUAAGAAGUGGAGGCGUUUUAAUUGAUUUUACUGCAAAGGUUGCAUAUGCCAGUAAGAUCCUUAAAUGGUUUAGUGCAGAUUUUGGCAAGAAUGAGGCAGAGGUACUGAAGCAUGUGUCAAUCUACUUAGAUCCAGCUGACUCGGAAUUAUUGUUCGACCUGCUUGCAACUUCUGAGUUGAAGGUGAUAUAUCAGCCUUACGACUGGGGUUUGAACUGCUAG